AUGUCCUGCACGUAUGCAACCGUCCUGGCUCCCCUCGCCAUGCUCCUCGCACUCUCCUUGUCUCUGGAGGCCGAGUCUGCAGCUGUGCCCAGCAGCACAAGCAGCACUACAGAUCCACAAGGUCCGCUGAAGAGGAUUUUCAUGAAGGAGGCCGAUGCCUCAAACUUCUUCAGGAGACGCGGCAGACGGGGAGCGAAGUCCCAGGAUGAGAUUAACGCUGAGCAGCGGCUGGUUUUGGCUGCAGACGAGCGCAAAAGAGAGUUUCACGAGGAGCAGAGGAACGAGUUUGAGAGCUACGCUGAGGAGGAUAACGAUGAGCAAGACGAAAGCACCAGGGUGAGCACAGAGCAGUGGAGGCAGUUUCACUAUGACGGGAUGAAUCCUCCCCAAGAAAACCGUCAUUCCGUCUGA